AUGAAGGGGAGCUCUCUCUUCCCACCCAUAUACACAUGCUUUCGCUACCCUUUCAAUCAUCUUGCACACAUGGCUUGUUUGAUCUCCAAUAUGCCUCUUCCUCCUCUACUCACCAUUAACAAACAAUCCUUAUGCUCACCUCUGCAUAAGCACACUGUUUCUGCCAUUGGAGGGCAACAAACGCGUGUUGCUGUUAUUGCAAUGGCUACGAGUGGGAGCACAGAGUCUUCUACCUCUUUAAGCAUCAUUGAGUCUGUCCAAAAUUUUUGGGAUACACCAGAAGAUCGAAUUGCUCUUAUUGGAUUGGGAUUUGCAUCCGUUGUUGCUUUGUGGGUCUCGCUUAAUGUAGUCACGGCUAUAGACAAACUUCCGGUCCUCCCAGGCGUAUUUGAGCUAAUUGGCAUUUCGUUCUCAACAUGGUUCGUCUAUCGUUAUCUGUUAUUCAAACCCGACAGGGAAGAGCUGAUUCAGAUCAUCAACAAGUCGUUAUCUGAUGUUAUCAGUCAAUGAUUUAUGACGAACUCAAAGUUGUAAAUGUAACAAGUUCAACUCUAGGCCACGAUAUGUUUAUGUAACAGCAAUGAAUACUUUUCUUGUCGUGUGAAUAAACUUCGAGUUGUUUUUUACUGGUUUUCAUAAAUUACAUAUAUAGCUUUUAUAAAUGAGCUUAUAUAUCAAUGUGAUUGUAAUAUCUAAAUAUCAUGUCAUCUUGUUAAUAAGU